CUGGGCAGCGCCGGUGCCUUUGGCAGCUCACGCCGGCUCGGCCGGGUUGAUGAGCCGUUGCCGCUCCAGUCCGACGAGCCCCGCUGCUCAGCGCUGGGUAUGCGCUGCUCGCUCUUGAGUGCACGGUCUCUGCGCGGCUGCAGCUUUGCGGCCGCUGCUGGUUUUUUACCCGAGCGUUCCCCGGCACACGUGAUGAGGCCGGCACGGCGCACGCUGUUUUUCUCGCAGAGGAAGUGGGCUCUGAGAGGCCGCAGGAGCUGAGCGGGGCUCCCCAGCCAGCACGCAUCUCGGCACAGGGAAGCCAGAGGCUGCAAGCCCCUCUGCAAUUCAAGUGCCUGGGAUGGAUGGAGAGCUUUAGCAGCUGAGCAGGACGGAGUCCUUUCCCAUCUCAGUGCUGUGCCGGCGGUCCUUGUCCUGUCAGUGGCCAAGCUCGCUGGAGUCCACUCCACAAAUCCCACCUUGCUGAAGGCAAGGGCAGUGCUCCAGCUACUGCAAACCUUGGUGCCAAUUUCUCCUCAAAAAAUCCUCAGGGAAAAUAAGCCCCAGGCAGAACCUGUGCCUGCUGGAGGUCUUGGGAGGGGAUGACAAAGCCAAGCAGUCGGCAGUUCCUCACGAGAGGAGGAGGAGAGAGCAUCGGCAGUUGGUCCCACGCAGGAUCCGUGUGCUGCUCCGAUGGAGGCAUCUAGAUAGAAAUUGGAGAGUUUGUUCCAGGGAGUGCUUGGUCUUGGGCUCCUCAACUUUGAAACACUUCUCAAUGGUGGGAGUGUUGGCUCAGCCGAGGGAUCUGCUGAGAAGAGCCCGGUCUCUGGUCCCAGUUUGGAAACACUGAAUCAAGUGGUGCCUCUGAAACCAUGGGGAUUGCUUAAAAUCUUACCCUGCAGCAGCAGGAGCCAUUCCCACAACGCCUGAGGGUGAUGAUGCUUCCUCGUGCUUCGGCUUCGCUGCACAGGCUGAGAGGGGAUCCCGGUUCUCCCUUUGCCUCAUGUGCUUCUGGAAGAGCCUCUGCCUGGAGAAUGAAGUAAUGUAGAAUAGAUCCCAAGUGGUGGUGGGUUUUGUGAUGAUUGUCAGAUGCAGCAGGACUGACUCCACUGUCCCAUGACCAUUGUGAGAUGCCUCUUCCACACCCACAGGUCUGCAUUCCUCUGCUGGUCCUGGGCAGGAAAAAUUGCCAGCCAAGCUGGAGAGAGACUGGCCAGAGGGCAGGUUGCAGCAGUUUACAGCGAUGGUGAGGAGGGGAACAAAACGGGGUCCAGCUGGGACCAUGCGGAGCCACUGCUCAGUGACCAGCCGGGUUUAAGGAGCAUUUCCUCACCUGAUGGAGGAAAAAAGGAGCGGCUACAAAGGAGGCAGCUGGCAGCUGUGGGGGAACAUCUCCAGGAGCUGCCAAAGCAAGGUCCUCUGCAUUGUUGUCAACAUUGUGCAGCUCACCCAGUGCAAUUCCUUUCUCUGUUCUGCUCCAGCCCCUCUCCCUGCUCCUUCUUCAUCCCUCAGACGUUCCCCAUCAUUCCUCCUUCUUUCCUCUCUUCACUUAGCCAAUACCGCUGAAAUAAAAGUAAAAAAAAAAAACACCUGAAGCAUAACUCUGCUUGCUGUUUGGUGACCUGUGGUUUAAGUGGGGAGCAGCGCGUGGGCUGGCUGCUGGCAUGUGCUUAUGCAGCACUUUGCCCCCAGCCUCCCUUGGCACGCUGCCGCAACCAGCCAGGCUUGGUGCUGCUGCACUUUGCCGGAUUGCAGAGCUUCUUGCCCAGGGUGCUGGGGUCUGCCAGAGCCACCAGCCCUGGCUGGUGACGGCACAGCCCGGCUGUGGUGUCCUGGUUCUCUGGUCUUGCAAAAACUGCUUGAACAGGUAUAAAAAACUAAAUUUUUUUGACUUGCAAGUUUGGCCUGUUCUUUGCUAUUAGAUCAUUGGGGAACAUCAGGAAACGGCCGCAGUUGCCCUCCCUGAUGUGGUGGCAGCCUGCGGGGGUGGGGUGGCUGUCCCGGCUGGCACUUCUCUUCCCUCCAGCAGCCUUUCUGGUGCUCUCGGCAGCGACUGCUGUGCCUGUGUGGCCUUUCCCUCCCAGAGCUUCCCGCUGCAAGCAACUGGCGGGACUGCGUCGUGGCCGCAUCCUGCAGAGGCAGCUGCACCAAGCCCUCCUGUCACCCCGUCCCUGCUCGUGCCCGGUCUCCCGGUGUUGGCAGAGCCGCCCGCACGCAGCACGCUGGCAUAGUCUGCGGUCUCAGGGCUGGCUGGGGCACUGGGCUCUGGGGCUCACCUUGCGUGGGCUUCUUUUGCCCCGCUGACCCUUUUCCCGUGCCUCAGUUCUUCCUCUUAGCAAGGAGGGAACUUGCUCUGUAGCAGCAGAUGUGGGGAUGCCUGUCGCUGCCUGCACAUGCAGCUUCGCGGCAGAUGGCCAAAGCAGCCAGGAGGCGAAGGGGAUGGAGAAAGGCCACGCUCACGUCUGCUCACGUCUGCAACCCCGGCGCCGACGGGGAGCUGCGUCUCUUGCUUGCGUUCUCACUCCCCAGCGUGCAAGAGGGAGGUGCGAAGGAGGCUGCCAUGCAUUCGCUUGGGUUCCGCGAGCACGAGGGGCUGAUCCCCUCCCUGCUCGCAGGGCUUGCACGUAGCAGCCUGCACGUCUGUGGGGAAGCUCCUGCUGCCCCGGCUGGGCAGGUUCCUCCGGCUGCGCUCUGCAGGCAGAGCUGCGGCCGUGUCCCUGCAGACGGAGCGUGGAGUGAGCCCAGCCGGCAACUAGCUCCGGUGCCAGCCUUUCGAGCGCUGCCGGCUGCUGACCCGUCCCCAGGCUGUGCAGAGAAGAGCUGGGAAAGCUCUCGGCUCGCAGCUGCCCGGCCAUGGCGAACGAAGAGGAACACCCAUCGGCUCUCUCGGAUAACCAGGUAAAGGUGCAUGUGUGCGGGAAACCCUCUGCAGAGACCUGGGAAAGACGCUGCCAAAUCCUGCAGACCCCGUUCAGGCCUCCCCCACGGGCCCCUGGCCGAGGGGGGGUUCCCCCACGCCGGAGAUGGGGGGACAGCGCUGCGGGGGUGCUGCAAAAGGCGACCAUAGCUGCCAGCAAAGGGGUCCCAGCUGCCCGGCCCAGGACUCGGGGGCGAUUGCUCCUGCUCUGCUGUCUCUGCGUGACUCACCGGGCCCUGGGAGCCAUCCGGCUCCGGCAGUCUCGCCGGUUCCUCCGCGGCAGCCCCACGCCGCGCUGUCUGGGAACCGCUCUCAGCAGCGCAAGCCCGGAGCGGGACGCGGCUUCUUCGGCGCUCCCCAGCCCCAAGCGAAGGAAACCCAGGUGCUGCGGUGAGGCAAGCUGAGGAGGACGCAGCAGGGAAACCCCUUCGUGCAGCCGCCGCCGAGGGGCUCGUCCCAUGCGGCAGCACCGCGGGGCUGGCGAGGAACCGGCCGCUGGCCCCUCCACUUUGCCCACCACCAGCGAAAGGCUCCAGCCCCCCCCGGCACAACCUCUUGGGGAAGAUGCCUUUUUUGCUUCUGCUCUGCCCGCUCUGCGGUGACACGGGGGCACCGGCCGCCCACCGCUGCUUCGGCCAGGGAUGCCCGCGGGAACAAAUCCGGCCGUGCCUGGGGGUCCACGCCCGUGGGGCAGCCGAGGCUCCCGCUGUGGCCCCGCUGCAGGAUGCCUGAGCCCGCGCUCCUCUCCAUCUCUCUCCCUCAGGUCUUCGUGCUGACGUGCAUCUACCUGCCGGCCUCACUGCUGAGCCUCCUGGGCAGUGGAUCGGUCCUCGCUGUCACCUCCCGGCGGAGGCGAUGCUGCCACAUCCAGAUUUCCUGGCCGCCGCUGUGCUGCUGAGCACAGCCACCAUCCAGCUGCUGCCAGCCCCGCUCUUCAUCCCGGCGUACGCUGCCUGCCCCUACGGACUGAUGCUGGCCACGACCUUCUACGCGGUCUCGUUCCUGAUGGUGGUUGUCUACGCGUACGAAGCCUACCGCACCGUCCACGGCUGGAGAGCCUGGCACGUGGCAGCUCUGCAGGAGAGGAGCGGGUGCCUGGAGAGCGCAUGGCAGGGGCUGCCCUACAUCCUGGCCUGGCUGGUGCCGGCACUCACGCUCCUGGGACAGCUGAUCGCCCGUGGCACCUCCCUGACCGACAUCGCGCCAAGACCCAUCGAGCCCGUCGUGCCGUGGAAAGGCAACCGCUCGCACGAGACCUACAGCCUUUACUGCUCCAGCUGCCUGCUCCUCAUCCACCGUGCCCAGGAUAUCUGCUACGAGUACAUAGGUAGGAAGGACGUGGGCCUGGAGGGGAAAAUCGUCUUCUUCUUGUACCUGCUGCUGGUGCUCAGCUGCUGCACGCUCCUGUACCGCAGGGUGAAGCUCUGGUGCCGGAGGAAUGCCGCGGCGCCCUUGCUGACCCUGGAGAAGGAUGGCUUUGCCGGCAGAAGCAUCCGCAGCGUCAGCAAAGUCUCUCACUACUUCCAGCUGGUUUUCCUGCUCUGCUGGGCGCCAGCCUUCCUCCUCACCCUCCUCUCCUUCACCAGCAUCAAACCUGCCUCGGUCUUUUUCCUCUACGUUGCUACAGCCCUGACUGUCUCCCUCCAGGGCUUCUUGCACAGUUUGGUCUAUGGCUGGCUGAGGCAAAACUUCCGUCAGGAGGCAGUGGGCACGAGACCCUCCCUGCAGCAUCACCGGGGCCUCAAGGCUUUCUAUGACGAGUCCCUGGGGGCCGUUCCCUAGGCUGUCACCUCAUCCCGCUGACUCCGGGCUGCCCAACACCUCGGCGGGAUUUGCACAUCCCCGGCAGUUCCCCGCAGCCUGUCCGUAGCCGGGCAGGAUCUCUCUGGACAUGGCCCUUCGUGCCUGGAAAGGUUCGAGCAAGGCGCGGGCAGCACCGGGCAGGUUUCCGACAGCGGUGGGGGGGCUGCAGUGGCUCUGCCCCGGUGGGAAGUCCACCCGUAGCCCCUCGCUGCUGGAGGCAGCCCGACUUCCCACCGCCUGCACCAUGCAGACAGCAAAACCACAAGCAGUCGCCGCACGGGAGAUGGACCAUGGGAGAUGGGACAGGAGCUCUCUGGAAGAAGAAUGCCCCUGUUCCGCACCACGAACGACUCGGCUGUUGGCAGCAGCAGGGCUUUGCAGGUUCAUGAGCAUUCGGGUGCUGUGGGGGGGAGGCUGGUGGCACGCAGACGAUUUGGCAGUCCCUAAGGGCUUCCAGCAACUGAACAUCGACUGCAACUAUCCCAGGGAAGGUGGUGGGGUUUUUUUUCUGUUUUAUUUGGCCUUGUUUCAGUGUUACACUUUCUGCCAGGGAGCAAUCCAAAUUCCUCCGCAGGGCUCGGGAGAAAGUGCUUAUAAAUAAAGGUAUUAUGGCUGAGGCGCUCCUGGGCUUUGCUGCUGUUAGAUAAGUAACAGAAACAGGCGGUGAGCCAGGCGGCUCAUGCCUCCUUCCUGCCUCGGGGGAAGGUUCGUGGCCAAGGCCAUGUCCACGGGGAUGAAGGAGGCACGGCUGGGGAUGAUUCUGCCCCACAGCCUCUUCCAACAAGUUAAAAAUCAGCCCAAAUGCUCAUUCAUACCUCCUCUACUUCUGGGGCUGAGAGUGCUCAAGCACCAUCACCCGUGCAAAGACAAACCUUCAGGGGGCAUUGGUGGGGCCGUGCCCACCCCCAUCACACCAUCAGCUAGCACAAACGGACACGUGAAGAGCAUUUGGAGACCUCCAGCCCAGGGAAAAUAGCUCAGGGCAAGAGCUAGGCACGCCAUCAAGAGCUGCCAGGGCUGGGGAUGGAGAUGGUGCUGAGACGGGCUCAAGUACUGACGAGCAGAGGUGUGUGACAGCCCACGAGGGCUGCGGUGGGGUGAUGGGGGGGACCACGGGGGAACUGCCGCACAGGGGAUGUGGGAGCAUGGACUGACCGGGCACCGACUUGGCAGUGGCUCCUUCCAGCAUGUCUGCUGGGCGUGCUGUUUGGUGACCACUGGGACUCCUGCGCCACCAGAAAUAGAGGUGAGGAGCGGGGCGAGGGCUCAGAACCAUUUAAAAGUUGGUUGUUACCAGCAACCCAGUGCAGGCAGUGCUGGGGGAGGACAGGGACAGGUUCCCAGGCUCUUAAUGCAGGCACGAGAACCAGGACUUAGGAACAGGGCAGAACAGAAAAGACUGUUAGACGUCGAGGCAGGUAAAGAGAAAAAUGGAUGGUGUGUAGCAGCCUAGGUAGGAAAGCAAAAAGAAUGAUAAUGGGUGUAGUUUGCAGGAUAUAUGGUCUAACCUCCUUGGGAGGAAUGGAAAGCUAAAAAUAUAUCAUUGAGAGGAAUAAUACCUGAAGGAGGAUGUUUGGGCUGUUGAGCUACAAGGUGAUAGGAAGAUGAGCCAGUGGCUACUGAGCACUGCACAAGAUAAGGGUGCGUGCUCAUGCAGUCACCCAGGGACGGAUAAGACGCAGCAAGGAAAGCAAACGACUUGUUGGGUGUGCGGGCAGGGCAGUACAGUGCACCCGUGUAGGACGUAAGGGAUGAACCGCUGGCAGACAAUGAAACCCGGUGUUUGCUUUGGCAUAAUAAUGCAAGUCAUAAGGCCGCGAGUCUGCGAGCACCCAGGGCUUCCUCCUGUGGGUACCAGGUGAACGCCAGAAGCGUUUGUGGUAUGAGCCCUCUCCCGCAUGUUUGGUGGGAGAGAAAAUAAUUAGGCUGAGGCUUGCUGGGAGAAACAGGAACAAACCCACUGCUAGGGCUGCAGGGAGGCAAAGGUUCUGCAAGGAGAAAUGGGAGCAAACGGGUCGGGGGAGCAGAGAAGCAGAGGAGCACAGCCAUGGGGAGGACAAGUUGGGUCGACCUCAGAUCCCACUCCAGCAGAUUCCCAGAGGAAAGGAAGGGCUGGAAAAGACUAAAGAGGUUGGGGGAGCAGAAGAGAGACAAACCACAAGACUAUGAAAACAAGGGUGACCCUCCCCAUCUCUUCAGUAGCACCACGUUUCUGUGAAAAUACUGUUGGACAAGUGUGGGGCAGGCCCACAGCCAACGCUGCAGGUUGGGCACCAUCAGGGCAUGCGGCAGCAAGGCCACGAUUCCAACCCAGUAAAGGGGAAGGAGACAAACCAGCACCUACGGAGGGUGUUAAAAGGAACAGCAGAUAGCCAGGAUGACAAAAAGCCAAAAAUCAAUAACCAGGUAAAAAGAGUUGAAGAGUCACCUCCAGGAGUGCCAGUGUCUCUGGAGAACCAAACCCAGCCAAGGACAAACCCCUCCUGGAAGAAGCGGUGACAGAGCUGGGGGGAAGAGAAAACAGUACACACAACAGCGGCAACUGGCACACAAGAGCCAAAAGGACUCAACUGGGUACAAAGAGGGGGAAAAGACAGCAGCCUGAAGUGAACCUGAACUCUGAGAUGCUCAGUAAGGGGAUUUGUCUGCCCGAGCGGCUGGGGCCGGCAGCCGGUCCCAAGGCUUCUGACCACAGGACCCUCCACCCCACGCAGCGUUUGCUUUGCAGGUGCCUCGGACGUGCCAUGGGUAGGGCAGAGGGACACACAGCAGCCAGCAGGUGCGAGUCACCCUUUGCAGAGCCGGGCUUAGUGAACCCUACGGAGAAGUCUGUGAAAGGCAGCAGGAGCCUCUGUGCUGACCGAGAGCCCCGGAGAGACGUCUAACGGAGACUGAGAAAACACCAAGCUGAGGGCCAUGAGCGACCAAGCUCAACAGCACCUCUGCAGAGAAACCCCAUUCCUAACCGAAUAAAUCUACUAAGACUCAAAAACAG